UCUUGCAACACUUCCGACAGUACGACAGUUCCCCAAAACACAAGCAGUAAGGGAGACAGCCCUAUUUAUAGCCAUGCAAUCAUUUAAAAUACCAGUCUUUUUAUCUUCUCUGAUCUGGAAGACUAUGAUACAAAGAUAAACAAGAUAAAGAUGCUUUGAAAUAGAAGGAGGAAGAUAUGGUUGCUCCUCUUGCACUCAUCUUCAUGACUCAGUGGAUGUUGCUGAUCACCCAGUUGUGUGUUGGCUGGCACUGUACAGACUGCAUAAAUGGAUCAGCCAUUGAAAACUUCUCCUGUGUGAUUUAUAAUAUUUCCUUCAUGAACUGCACUUGGCAGGCAGGCAAAGAUGCACCAGGAGAUACCCAGUAUUUUCUCUAUUGGCAGAACUCCCGAUAUGAUGAUGCGAUGGAAUGUGAGCUUUACAUUAAGGAUGAAAAUGGCAGAAAUACAGGAUGUAAAUUCCAAAAUGUGAGGAUAGAGACUGAAAAAGCUUACUUCCUGGUGAACGGCUCUAGCAAAGACUCCCUAAUCCAGCUCUAUGAUGAGUACAUCAACCUGUAUAAAAUAGAAAAGCUCUUGCCUCCAGCAAAUAUCACUGUCAACUGUGAUGAAAUUAAAAACAAUUGCAUUAUUCAAUGGCAACGACCCCAAAUAAGUCAUUCUAACAAAGACAAGUGUUUUAAAUAUGAAAUUGACAUAAAGUAUAAGGAUAAUCCUGAGGGAAAAACCAUCUAUACUUCUAUACAAGAAGGGGGAAAUAACCACAUGUUUCAAAGAUACAACACAAGAAAGAAGUGUCUCUUGCAAAUGAGGGCAGCUGGCAGUGUCUGCUUUGUGAGCCCAGCCUGGGGGGAGUGGAGUGCACCUGUAGAGUUUGGAAAUGAAGAAAUUAUUUCUUCUUCAGUAUGGAUCUUACUUGUGGUAGCAGUUGGGACAGUUUUAGUGGCAAUUGUAACAAUUUUAUUCUGCAAAAGGACUGGCUCCUGGAAAGCAGCAUUUCCACAAGUCCCAGAGCCAAAAAAUGCAUUUUGUGGACUGCCUGAUAAUACAGAGCUGAUGGAGAGCAAAAUUCAGGCAAUAACAUCUGAUAAGGAAGAGAUAACUUUAGUUGUUGACAUAUUGAAAUAACAAAAA